AUGAGUGUUGUCGUGUGUUCAGUGCUGUUGCUGCAGCCGAUGGUGAGUGGUGUGACAGACACCGUUAUUGACUUCGACAUCACGAAGAUGGAUUGGACAUACGAUGCAACGCCCAAAACUACGUUAAAAGUGUGUAGAGAGAAUGAUAUUGAUGGCGGAGCAAGCGUCGAUCUUGUGGUAUCAUCACCACCACCGGUGGGGCAAAAACAAUACCCUGGUACGCCGGACGACACUGAAACAAACUGUGCAAUAUUUACCUGGGAUGAAGAUUUUCUGCCUUCCAAGACUGAAAGAAAAUAUGAGCUCAUUGUUGACGCGAAUGCCGGCACGAUAGAGAGAGGAACAGUAACUUAUUCGAUGACCUACACUGUAUUUCAUCUCGGCUGCUAUGAAACUGAUUUCGUGCGACUCAGUUUGGAAACUUGGCUACUGACGGUUGCCACCUGCCCCGACUCAAGCCCUUCAGACGAGACGUCGCCACACUCCAUUUGUUAUGUGAAAAAAGAGGAAGCAGACAAAACAGUCACGAUGUGUGCAGAUCAAGUGGGCAAUAGUCCAGCCAUUACUGUCUGCUUGACACUACCGAUACCGGAGCCUGUUGCUACCUCAACAAGUACAGUAAAAGCUCUGAGCUACGCAAACAAACGGCUAACGGCUACCGAAACUUCAGUCUCUGAGAUGCUGAUACGGAGAGUGCGACUUCCCCAGCUUCAGUAA